AUGAUGACGGAGCCAGAUAAAGACCCCCUUGCGGACAUCGCGGGUGAAGAUGAUGCUUCGCUGCUAGCUGAUCAUGUUGCGGCCACUGAUUUGACUUCCCUAGUCGAAGCUGACGAUGACGAGCGAGAAGAAGACAUGUCCGCCUCCGAGGAAGAUUCUUCUUGGAUAUCCUGGUUUUUGAGCUUGCGUGGAAAUGAAUUUUUUUGUGAAGUUGAUGAAGAAUAUAUCCAGGAUGACUUCAAUUUGACUGGGCUUUCCUCACUCGUGCCGUAUUAUGAUUACGCUCUUGACAUGAUCCUCGAUGCACAAGCCAGCGCCCGUUGCAAGUUGUGUCAUGUAUUUCCUAGUAGGUAGAGAUGGCAAUUGAAGAGUCACUCACAGAAGAACAGCAAGAGCUUGUUGAGUGCGUCAUAUUGACAUUUUCUUUUUAG